GAAGAUGAAGAAACAAUUAAAGAGAUGAAAUGGGUUCUCUGGUUUUCUGGGUUCUUCUCUUGGGUUCUCUUCUUCCACCCAGGCCUCUCUUGUCUUCCUCUAAUGGCCUUUCUGUAAAUUUCUACGGAAACACAUGCCCAAAUGUGGAAAACUUCAUCUGGAAUGCUUUGGUAGAGAAGAUGAGAGAACCCAACAAGCCAAACAUUACUCUCCCUGGCACUCUCCGCCUCUUCUUCCAUGAUUGUUUCGUUGAGGGUUGCGACGGCUCGGUUUUGAUCACAUCUACGGCGAAUGAUGCGGAGAGAUACGCUGAUAUUAACAAGUCUUUGCCUCCAGAUGGAUUCGAUAUUGUGAUCCGGGCAAAGAAGGCUGUCGAAGCAGCGUGUCCCGGCGUGGUUUCCUGCGCUGACAUCCUUGCCAUUCUAGCCCGUGAUGUUGUCUACUAUGCGAAGGGUCCAUGGUGGCCAGUCGAGAUGGGGAGGAGAGAUGGAAGAAUCUCCAAAGCUGCCCAUGCUGCUGAUCAAGUGCCAAGUGGCUACUCCAACUUGACAGAUCUUAUUGUAAGGUUCCAAUUCAAGGGACUAUCUAAAUUUGAUCUUGUCACAGUUUCUGGGGCCCACAACCUUGGUAGCACCCAUUGCAUCGAAUUUGCUGAUCGUAUUCGUCAACAUGACCCUAUAUUGAAUGAAACAUUACGGGCGGGUCUCAUAAAGGGGUGCCCAUAUCGGAAGAUCGACCCGUUAGUUGUGAUACCAUUCCAUGAACCGCCGUUUCAGUUUGAUAACGAAUAUUACAAGAGCUUAAUGCAGAACAAAGGACUGUUGACGUCUGAUCAAGCCUUGUUUUCCGGCGGUGACGAAUAUAUUCGGGAAAUGGUUUUGCGGUUUGCCGGAGAUAAGGAGCUGUUUUUCAAAUCCUUUGGUAAUGCCAUGCAGAGGUUGGGAGCUGUUGGAGUUAAAACUGGAACGGAAGGGGAGAUUAGAAGGGAAUGUACUAGCUUCAAUUAAUGGUGCAGAAGGUGAGACUUAGAUUAUUAAUGGUGAUAAUAUUUGUCUGUUUGGAUAUGGUGUAGUCAAAAAGUUUUCCUUCCCUAAUUAGAUAAGGGAGAAUACCUUUUUCAUUAGUGAUGUGUGACCAUGGGAUGUGAUAUAUUUUCAUCAACAGAUUUCCCGGGUGAAUUUUAAAAAUACCAUUUCCUUGCA